GCCAUGUCGCGCAAGCGCAGUCUUCCGCUCUAACAUUCCCGACUGGCUGUUCUUUUAAUAGACUGGGGUGUGUGCCGUUGAGAAAGGAGGAGCGGGUGCUGGUUUUGUUUCUGUGUUUCUGUGUGGGCGGGCCUUAUUGGGUGGGGUGUUUUCCCCCCCUCCCUGUUCUGUCCUUUCUUCCUCGUUUUCCCCUCUUCCGUAGUGCGCAUGCGCCCCUCCGCGAGCCAGUAGGAAGGGGGCGUGUCCGCGCGGGCGUGUCCGCGCGGGCGCAGUGGGUUCCGCUGGGAAGCGGCGGUGCCAGUUGUCGUCAGUCGGUCAGUGCCGCCGCCUCGCUCGGAGCUGGGCGCUCCUUCUCCUCACACGGAAACGCCGCACGCACGCACCGUCCGCCCCGCGCCAGAGCAAAUAGCAUGGUGGAUUAUCACACAGCCGGGCAACCCUCGUAUCAGUACGGCGGCAACGGGCCGGGCAUCGGCGACUAUAUGGCCCAAGAGGACGACUGGGACCGGGACCUCCUGCUCGACCCUGCCUGGGAGAAGCAGCAGCGCAAGACUUUCACAGCAUGGUGCAAUUCCCACCUGCGGAAAGCCGGCACACAGAUCGAGAAUAUCGACGAAGAUUUCCGGGAUGGCCUGAAGCUUAUGUUGCUACUGGAGGUCAUUUCAGGGGAACGGUUACCGAAACCUGAGAGAGGAAAAAUGAGAGUGCAUAAGAUCAACAAUGUGAAUAAAGCUCUUGAUUUCAUUGCAAGCAAAGGAGUCAAGCUGGUUUCCAUAGGAGCUGAAGAAAUCGUCGAUGGCAAUGCAAAGAUGACCCUUGGCAUGAUCUGGACCAUCAUCCUCAGAUUUGCCAUUCAGGACAUCUCUGUGGAAGAGACUUCGGCCAAGGAAGGCUUGUUGCUCUGGUGCCAGAGGAAGACUGCUCCCUACAAGAACGUGAAUGUGCAGAACUUCCACAUCAGCUGGAAGGAUGGCCUUGCUUUUAAUGCCUUGAUCCACAGACACAGACCAGAACUCAUUGAGUAUGACAAGCUCAGAAAGGAUGAUCCAGUCACGAAUCUGAACAAUGCUUUUGAGGUCGCGGAGAAAUACCUCGACAUUCCCAAGAUGUUGGAUGCAGAAGACAUUGUCAACACGGCCCGGCCUGAUGAGAAGGCUAUUAUGACUUAUGUGUCCAGCUUCUACCAUGCCUUCUCUGGCGCUCAGAAGGCUGAGACGGCUGCAAACAGGAUAUGCAAAGUGUUGGCAGUGAACCAGGAGAACGAGCACCUGAUGGAAGACUAUGAGAAGCUGGCUUCUGAUCUGCUGGAGUGGAUUCAACGCACUAUUCCCUGGCUGGAGAACCGUGUUCCACAGAAGACCAUACAAGAAAUGCAGCAGAAGUUGGAGGAUUUUCGUGACUACCGGAGGGUCCAUAAACCCCCCAAGGUGCAGGAGAAGUGUCAGCUGGAGAUCAACUUCAACACCUUGCAGACCAAGCUGCGGCUAAGCAACCGGCCGGCCUUCAUGCCCUCCGAGGGAAAAAUGGUCUCGGAUAUCAAUAAUGGCUGGCAGCACUUGGAGCAGGCAGAGAAAGGGUAUGAAGAGUGGCUGCUGAAUGAGAUCCGGAGGCUGGAAAGGUUGGACCACUUGGCUGAGAAGUUCAGGCAGAAGGCGUCAAUCCAUGAAUCCUGGACCGAAGGUAAAGAGGCCAUGCUGAGGCAGAAGGACUACGAGACAGCCACUCUGUCAGACAUCAAGGCCCUGAUCAGGAAGCACGAGGCUUUUGAGAGUGACCUGGCGGCUCACCAGGACCGCGUGGAGCAGAUUGCGGCAAUUGCCCAGGAGCUCAAUGAGCUGGACUACUACGACUCUCCCAGCGUCAAUGCCCGGUGCCAGAAGAUUUGUGACCAGUGGGACUCGCUAGGAUCCUUGACCCACACACGAAGGGAAGCCUUGGAGAAAACUGAGAAGCAGCUGGAGACCAUUGACCAGCUCCACUUGGAGUAUGCCAAGAGGGCAGCGCCCUUCAACAACUGGAUGGAGAGCGCCAUGGAGGACCUGCAGGACAUGUUCAUCGUCCACACCAUCGAGGAGAUCGAGGGCCUGAUUGCAGCCCACGACCAGUUCAAAUCCACCCUGCCCGAUGCAGACAAAGAGCGCGAGGCCAUCCUGGGUAUCCAGAGCGAAGCCCAGAGGAUCGCAGACUACAAUAACAUCAAACUCUCCGGGAACAACCCUUACACGUCUGUCACUCCGCAGAUCAUCAACUCCAAGUGGGAAAGGGUCCAGCAGCUGGUGCCGAAGCGGGACCACGCCCUGCAGGACGAGCAGAGCAAGCAGCAGUCCAACGAACACUUGCGCCGACAGUUUGCCAGCCAGGCCAACAUUGUGGGGCCCUGGAUCCAGACCAAAAUGGAGGAGAUCGGACGCAUCUCCAUCGAGAUGAACGGGACCCUGGAAGACCAGCUGAACCACCUCAAGCAGUACGAGCAGAGCAUUGUGGAUUACAAGCCCAACAUUGACAUCCUGGAGCAGCAGCACCAGCUCAUCCAAGAGGCGCUCAUCUUCGACAACAAGCACACCAACUACACCAUGGAGCAUAUCCGUGUCGGGUGGGAGCAGCUCCUAACCACCAUUGCCCGGACCAUCAACGAAGUAGAGAACCAAAUCCUUACCCGGGACGCCAAAGGGAUCAGCCAAGAGCAGAUGCAGGAGUUCCGGGCCUCCUUCAACCACUUCGAUAAGGACCACGGCGGCUCCCUGGGACCCGAGGAGUUCAAAGCCUGCCUCAUCAGCUUGGGAUACGAUGUGGAAAAUGACAGACAGAAGCGCACGGGCAGCAUGGACGCAGAUGACUACCGAGCCCUCCUUAUCUCCACAGGAUACAGCCUGGGAGAUGCAGAAUUCAACCGGAUCAUGAGUGUCGUGGAUCCCAACAACAGCGGUGUUGUAACUUUCCAAGCCUUCAUUGACUUCAUGUCCCGGGAGACCACUGACACAGACACGGCUGACCAGGUCAUUGCCUCCUUCAAGGUCCUGGCCGGAGACAAGAACUACAUCACAGCAGAGGAGCUGCGGCGAGAGCUUCCCCCAGACCAGGCUGAGUACUGCAUUGCCCGCAUGGCACCUUACCAGGGUCCUGAUGCCAUCCCCGGGGCCCUCGACUACAAGUCUUUCUCCACGGCGCUGUAUGGAGAGAGUGACCUGUGAGGCGGAGCUGGAGGCAGCGGCGACGGCGGCAACAGCAAGCACUGGCGCUUCUUUGGAAGGAAGGGGGGAGCAAAAGUUUGAUUUUUUUUCCCUCCCCACACUGUGUUCCCUCUCUCUCUCCCUCUCUCUCUCUCUCUCCCUCCCUCCCUCCCUCUCUCUCUCUCUCUCAUACACGCACACACAGAGCAAUGGGGACAUUGCCCUUUCUCCGAAGACAGAAAGCUGCCUCUGCGCUGGGAGACCCUGGGAGCUGCCCUGUGUAACGGCUCCUCCCCACCCCACCCCCGCCUUGCCCACCAUUGCAUAUUCUGCAAACACUGCUACCUAUGCAACAGUCGUUAUUCUUUCCUUUCCCAAAUUCCGGAGCAGCAGGGAAGCUUGGCCUCUCCUUAUUCUCCAUGGCAUUUGCAAGGGAGGGGGAGAAGGGCAAGUUCCUAGGGCCAUUCAGUGACGGGAAAGAGUCCAGGAAGCAUCCCAGUAGUCGCGCUUCAGAUGGCUAUUUUUGUUAUAUAUAGAUCCCAUUCUAUUUUUCCCCCUGCUGAUGUUAACUGGGCGCUCUGGUGGUGGGUGUGGGCUGGAGAAUCCGACUGUUGGCUGGCAUGUUCUCUGAAGCUGGGUCCCUUCCCCCCACCCCCAACAUCACUUGGGGUCGCUCUCUUUUAAUUUAUGUGUCUGGGUAGCCAAAGCUCUAGCCUUGGGUCCAUGGUGCGUUGACACCCUGUGUGAUCCAGAUCCAGAGGACUGCUGGGAUCCACUUUCUUGCUUUCUCUUUUUAAUGCAGAACCUGGAUACCUCAUUCCUUUUCCAGAUCCUUUAGCUAGCUGUGCUAGGCAGUUUGGGCAGAGCCUCUCUCUCUUCCCCCCAUAACACCUGCCCGCCACUUUACAUCCUUUAGCAAUGCAAACACGCCCCAGAGGUGGGCACUUUUGGACUUCUGAUCCAAACUCACAAUUUCUGCACAGGCAAGUGAUGCUAUUAGUUUGACUCAGAAGGGCUUGUCAUGUCAGACCGAGACGGCUCCUGUAAUCAGCACCCUCUUUAUUCGCAUCCUGAUUGGGUUCACAUCUGUCUUUUGUCCCUCACUUGCUUUUGAAGAAAUUGGUUGCCUUCCAAUUUGGGGCUAGGCUAUUUGGAGGGGAGAGCGGGCGGGUUGUGUGUGUGGAGAGGGUGGUUGGGGUCUGGGAAGGGCGUGUUUGCCUUGUUGCAUUUCCCAGACUGAGCCCAUGAGUGUGGAGGCAGUGCCUCUCCUCAAAUCUCUUGCUGUUGGCUGCUGCUUCUUCCCUGACGCUUAGAGGAGAAGCCAAACCUUUUUGCAAAGAGGAUCUGCCUGUCGGACACUUCCAUCCUCUUUCACACGCUCGGCCUGUCUCCGGUUUUAUAAAUCCACAGACACCCUUCCUUUCCUCCCUACUUGGCAAGUCACCCAAAGCCACUUCUGUAACCAUGUUUGGAAGUAACAUUUAUCUUAGCAAUACUGGCACAAUUUUGUGGGUGAAGCACAUGAACAAGGCUGGUAGUUUAUGAGAAGCAGAUUCAUAGAUGCAAGGAGGAAGGGGUUUGAACUUCCUCAAGUAGGGAAGAAUGUUCCUAGGAGCUGGACAUCAGUCUUAAAAGCAGGUUGCCCCCCCCCCGGGGGGAAUAGAUUUGCCUUGUUUCCACUUUUCGACACUAUGGGGGUUGUGUGUGCUGGUGUGUUGGAGUGGGGAGCGAGGUUGUUGAUUGAACGGGGAUCAUAAAUAACUACAGGUGCUUUUGGAAGGAGAUCUUGAUUGGCAUCUGGAAAGAAGGGGAGAACCCCAAGAUCUUGUUUGGCAGCAUCCUUAGCCUGUGGUUGACCCAGGCAGGAUAUCAGGCUGCAAAAUGGGAUGGGAGCCCAAAGCAGUAAAACCUCUUUCGGGGUGCCUCAGGCUGAUUGGUUCCCUCCUCCUUCUUGCCCGUAGGACAGGAGCGACUCACUCAUUCAGUCUUCCUCUUUUCCGCCUCACUCUGUACAACCUUUAAAAAUCCAUUGCUUCACUGCUUUAUAUAUAUAUUAUAUAUAUAUAUAUAUCUAUUUUUUUGUAAUUUCUUCAUCAUGGUGCAGGGUUUUCUGAGGACCAAAUUUAAACGAAAGAGAACCUUGCAGAGGUCUUUUUUUAAAAAAUGAGAGAAAUUAAAAACACGGCAAACUCUUGCAAUUUAAUAACAUCCAGAUUUAUUAUUAAAUAUAUAUAUAUACAUCUAGCAUCGUAUAUUGCCGACAGGUGGUGUGUGUUUGUUUUUUUGGUCUUUUUCCUUUUAUCAUGUCAUUAAAGUUACAGCUGACUGUAGCACUGGAGAAACUGUCACAUUCCCACACCUUUUUUUUUUUUUUUUUGGCAUCUUUUUCAUUUCGGUUCUGUCUUUGUUGUUGGAGAAGGUUUCACUUAUUUUAUUGCGUUUGCUACUGGAUGCCUACCCUGCAGAGGACAGGCACUUCAGCCAAUAGGGAGUAGCCGGCUUCUGUCUGUGUCUGUUCCUCAUCAAGUCUGUUCUACAACUUCCAAGCUUUCCGGGGAAACCAGCCCUCCUCCCUCUUGGGAACAAGUCAAUAAAAUGUAAUAUUUUUAAGGA